UUCCGAUUCCGGAAUGCUUCACUUCGAUUAAUUUGAAAUUUGAAAGAAGCAAUCAGAGAAGCCUCCAAACGGUAACAGAUGGCGUUGCGAUCCUUUCACGUUGACCUCCGUCUUACCUUCUUCUUGUUCUGCUUCUGCUCCUCAAUCUCAUCUCACAAUGCACAAGACCCAACAACGAAAACCAUGGAGGAGUUCUCGGGAUACCCAAUCCAUGAAGUCGAAUCAUUUCCUUCCACCUCUAUACCUUCAAUUUCAGUUGAUGUUGAAACUCUACAAAGACAGAUUGAGGAGUUAUCAACUUUCUCGGAUACGCCUGCCCCAUCAGUAACUAGGAUUCUGUACAGCGAGAAGGAUGUGUUGGCUAGGAGGUAUGUGAAGAACUUAAUGGGACUCUCUGGUCUUUCUAUUAGAGAGGAUGCUGUUGGUAACAUAUUUGGUCGAUGGGAUGGAUAUGAACCAGAGCUUGCAGCAGUCGCAACAGGUUCUCACAUUGAUGCUAUUCCAUACGCUGGAAAAUAUGAUGGUGUUGUUGGUGUUUUGGGGGCAAUAGAGGCAAUUAACGUGCUGAGAAGGUCUGGCUUCAAGCCUAAAAGAUCGUUGGAGUUGAUAUUGUUCACAUCAGAAGAGCCCACACGAUAUGGGAUCGGCUGCUUGGGAAGCCGCUUAGUGUCAGGAAAUGAACAACUGGCAAAUGCUCUAAAAAAGACAGUUGAUAGUCAAAAUAUGUCCUUUUUAGAUGCUGCAAGAUCUGCUGGCUAUGCAAAAGACAGUGAAGACUUAUCCACUGUGUUCCUAAAGAAAGGAAGCUAUUCUGCUUUUGUGGAAUUGCACAUAGAGCAGGGGCCCAUCUUGGAAGAAGAAGGUACCUCAAUUGGUAUUGUGACUGCCAUUGCUGCUCCUGCAAGUUUGAAGGUAGAAUUUGAAGGCAAUGGAGGACAUGCCGGAGCUGUCCUAAUGCCACAUAGAAACGAUGCAGGAUUGGCAGCUGCAGAGUUAGCAUUAGCUGUUGAAAAACAUGUAGUGGAAUCAGGAUCAAUUGACACUGUUGGUACUGUAGGCAUUUUGGAGCUGCAUCCUGGAGCAAUCAAUAGCAUACCUAGCAAAUCACACCUGGAAAUUGACACACGAGACAUUGAUGAGAAGAGGAGAAACACUGUUGUUGAGAAAAUACAUCAAUCUGCCAUGGCAAUAGCUAAGAAUCGCCGGGUCAACCUCUCAGAAUUUAAAAUCAUCAAUCAGGACCCACCAGCCCUGUCAGAUAAAUCAAUAAUUAGAGCAAUGGAAACCGCAUCACAAGAGCUCAACCUCACUCACAAGUUGAUGAUCAGCCGUGCUUACCAUGAUUCACUGUUCAUGGCGAGAAUAUCUCCAAUGGGCAUGAUCUUCAUUCCAUGUUACAAAGGUUAUAGCCACAAGCCCGAAGAAUAUGCCUCAAGUGAGGAUAUUGCAAAUGGGGUCAAGGUCUUAGCACUUACACUUGCCAAGUUAUCCCAGGACUGAUUUCCACAUAUUUGGUUCUUGACUAGAUUGGAUUUUAUGUAAGUG